GUUUCUGCUUCGCAUAAGAACUAAUCAUGGCAUAGGGAGUCGAGCCUCUAUAGGCAUCUGGCAAGACAGGUUGCGAUCCCGUUGUCCUUGUAAUGGAAUAUAUUUCCUCUCAAGGCCCUGCCCACCUCUCUGUCUCUCUUUAUGGAUACUCUUGGAGAUGAAAGGAUGGAGCCUUCUUUUCGGAUUAUCAUCGUAGGUGGUGUUUUCGACCGAGCCCACCCGCUAUCCAGGAGUGAUCUACAUCUUUAAUAGGGGCGCGAACCCUUCCGACGCGAAUAAGAGUAGUCUCCAACUCGUCUUUUCUUGUUUGGUGCUGGAUGCGCUUUCCACGUCGUAACUCGUGACUUUGAUGUCUGACCAACGACCAACGCACAUCAACAACAACGCCUUUGAGCCAAUGUGUGAUAGAAAAAGAUGGUAGCGUCUCAGUCACGAAGAAGCUGGGAGCCUGACGACCAGCCCAUGUCACCUAACUUAAGACAGUAUCAGCAGGACAUUGCGUCCAAGGAUCCAACGCAACCCACAGAGUCGACCGUCCGGUGGCCGUUUCACGAUGCCGACGAUGACAAACAGCCUCCACCCCCGCCACAGCCGCCGCAGGAGGACCUUUCAUACCAGGAUCAGCCUCCCAUACAGGAGACGCCGGAACCGGGCCGAGCUCGCCUCCGCUGCAUUCUCAGCUACUGGGGCCUCGAGAUCCUCACGGUCUUCAUGGCGUUCUGUCUCCUGGCUGCCAUCAUCGCGCUCCUUGCGUAUUACGAUGGCCACUACAUGCCGGAGUGGCCGUUCGAGAUCAACCUCAACUCCGCCAUCGCGCUCCUCUCGACCUUCUUACGGGCCGCCAUCGUUGCCGCCGUUGCUGAGAUCAUCGGUCAGAUCAAGUGGACUUGGUUCGCCGAGAAAAGCCGCCCUCUGCAGCAGCUCCAGGAUUUCGAUGGGGCGAGUCGGUCUGUUCUCGGAUCCAUACAUCUCCUGGGCAUGUUGGUAUGGAACCUAGGCUUCACGUCCGCCGGCCUCCUCGCCAUCGCCGCCGCAUUGGUUACCAUCGCCAGUCUGGCCGUUGGCCCCGUCACGCAACAGGCAGUCCGCACGUCCCCCUGCUCCAUGCUGUGGGAUCACGCGCGCGCCACCAUGCCUGCCGCCCACUACGUGCCCGGGUCGUCAGCGUACUACCGGGUCGCCGCCGGCAUGUACCAACCGGAGGUGGACAUGAAGAGCGCCAUGAUCAAAGGCAUAACCGACCCGGGCAGCCAGGAUAACCAGGUCAAAGUCGGCUGCGUCAGCGGGAACUGCACCUGGCCCGACUGGGGCACGGGCAUUACCCAUUCGAGCAUCGGCAUGUGCAGCAGUUGCCUCGACACGACGAAAUUCGUCAGCCCGCCCGACAGCGGAGGAAAUCUGACGUUGCCAGACCAAGAUUCACACAUCAACAUCCUGGGGGGUAACUACAUGUGGAUAGGCUACAGCAACCUAACCGCGUACACUGAGCUAUUCACCGAAGAGUUCUCUGCGGGGGCUUUCGUAUCGAUGGCUAAUUUCAGCAUGCUCAUGGUCUCGAAAGCGCCUUGCACUUCGGACAGCUCGACCGGGACACCCAAGCUGCACUGUCCGCACCGGCUGUCGCAGGGCAACAACAGCUAUUACGACGGGCUCGGAGACUAUAUAGCGGCAUCAUGCAUCUUGUACCCGUGCUUGAAAGAGUUCAAUGGCUCGUACGAUGGCAACGUGCUAAGAGAGAAGCUCAUUCGCACCACCCCGGCGGUAUUCAAUGAUGCCGAGCAGAGUUUGGGUGGCGGAAACCGCUUCUCGGGCGUCGGCAACUACACGGCCAUACAGAGCCCGUGUGUGCUUGAUGACGGCACCUGGUACGAUGUCAGCAACCAGAGCAAAGCCGAACACGUUCCGGGCCGCACAUGGACUAAUAUCAGCUUGCCGGAUAGCGGCGGCAAAGUCGCAAGCCUGCCCAAUGCGUGCCUUUACAAAAUGGACGGGAUAUUCUUUCGGGCCAUGGCCAACUUUCUCAGUCAGGAACUACUGAGCGCAUCCUGCAGAUACGACUCCAUGCAGAGUGGCCAUCUCAACUGCUUCGGCUCCUGGUGGCUCACGCCGCUAUGGGCUGACAUGAACGCGACGGUGUCGAGCGUGACGGAGGCCAUCGACAGCUUCGCGUGGGCCGUAACCAACAAGUUCCGCAUGACGGGACUCGGCCCGGACGUUCCGCAAUCGGCUGACUCCCUCACCUCCCGGGGCGCCGUGGUCUUGGGUGAUGUCUUGGCCAGUACCACGUGCACCUAUUUUGACCAAAAAUACAUCGUUCUGCCUACCGUUUUGGUGGUCAUCUGCGCGGCUCUGCUCGCCUGGGUCAUCCUUAUCAACUACUACGACCCCGAACAACCCGUCUGGAAAGGCAGCGUCCUUCCGCUACUGUUCUUCGGCCUGAACUACAGCACAGACCCAGGUCCACCGGUCUUGGGAGCGGGAUCGGGCGCCGCCGGUGCGGGCGGAACGACAGGUAUCGGCGGUGGUGGAUCAAAAGACAGUGAACGGUGGGCAAGGAAUAUGACGUUCUUCGGGAAGAGCAGACGCACGGCGCCGGAGCUUAAUCGCAUCCAACGGGAGUCGGGACGGAUGUGGGUACGGUUCAAAGGCGGGUUAGACCCGGGGUUCCUAGAUUUAGGCACGAAGCGAAGCGACCCAGAAGCCGCCAAUGCAGGGUUACUACGAGGGUCCAGGACCGGAAGGGACAUGAUUGGAAGUACCACGGCGAGAUAAUGUAAAUAUGAUGAUGUGCAGAUUUUUUGGAGUUGUCACUAAGCCUUGAUAUAACUGAGAACCUUUCAAGGCUAUGCUCAUCAGGGAAUCCGAA